AUGGAAAGUUUGCAAGCAGUUGUCAAUGAAAAGGAACCAAUUCUGGUACAGGAUCAAAAGGAGGUAUACUGGCAAGUUCUUACAUCUGUGAACAAAAACACUGGUGGGGAUUUUUUCUUAGAUGCUCCUGAAGGAACAGGAAAGACAUUAUUGAUCAACCUGCUCCUUGCUAAAGUGAGACAGAAGAUUGCUCUGGCUGUUGCAUCCUCUGGAAUUGCAGCCACACUCCUAACAGGUGGAAGAACAGUCCAUUCAACAUUCAAGCUGCUUCUGAACCUCAUCCAAAAUGAAUCUCCUUUAUGCAACAUAUCCAAGAAUACAUCAUUAGCAAAGCUCCUUACAGAUGCUAAACUCAUUGUCUGGGAUGAUGCAAUAAUGUUCCAUAAGGCAGCUUUUGAAGCACUUGAUACAACACUACAAGACUUCAGAAACAAUAAGAUCAUGGGUGAUGUCAUCCUCCUCAUGGCUGGUGACUUCAGGCAAACAUUGCCUGUCAUUCCCAGUGGAACAAAGGCAGAUGAGCUGAGAGCUUGCAUCAAGUCCUCAUAUAUCUGA